GUUAUGUCACCGGAUGCGGGAUUAAAAGAUACUGGAAAUGAGAACGAGCUAGAAGGCAGAGCGUCGAGGAAACGGUCCGGGGACGGAAUUAUCUCGUUGAAAAGCCGACCGAACUCGUCAGCCGCGGCGACCAACAUAGUCCCGCUGGAAGAACCUGAUUCCCAAGUCUUCCUGGGCGAGGAGGAGCUGCAGACGAUCACCGAAGACAUCCUGAAGACGGUGGAAGACGAGCAGCCCGAAGACCAGGAGAAGGCGCCAGAACCCGGGCCUAAAAAGUCCUUCGACGCCGUGGGUUUGGAGCCGAUCGCCGAGGAGAAGAAGGACGCCGAGGGGGACUCCGUGACGGACGCGCUCGAUACAGAUAGGCAGUGAAUGCGGUGGAGGAGAGAAAAGGAGGAAGGAUAAAUUGAAUGGAGAAAGAGAGAGAGAGA